AACUUCACAAACGACUUCCGAAGCCCAGCCCAUAAAGAUCUUCCAAUCUCACGUUCCAUUGGAAUGGAAAACCGCUACAAAUUCCCACGAGGCCAGAAAACCAAGCAACGUCGAGCCCAAAACCCUACUUCCCUACCAUGCCGGCCCUCCGCUCCCCAUUCGCCGGCGGCGACCUCCCCGCUGGCGAGAUCGACCCUGACUACCUCUACUUCCUCCAGCACAUCCGCCUCGACGGCGACUCCUACGCCCUCGAGCUCCCGGGCCACGGCGCCUCCCCUCCCUCCGUCCUCAGGUACGAGGCCCCGCUCGCCACCAGCUCCGACGGCGAGUGCGUCUCCGACCCCUCCGCAGGCCGCCUGAGCACCAGCCGACGCGCGGAACAGAAGGGCUCGUCCGCGUCGGUGGAGGCGGAACCCGCGUGGUACGAUUCCCUCGGCGACGUCGACGAGGAUUACCGCAUCUUCCUGCAGCACACGCGAUUGGUGGAUGGACAAUUGGUUCUCGAGAUCGGGGGCGUCGUCGUUAACUACGAUCAGGCGGAUGCGGCGCGGUAUGGAGGCUGCAGCGAGCCCGAGGAGGAUAAGAGGAGAGGGGAACAGGCGGCCGUUGCUUCGCCGGGGAAAAGGGUCGGUGUUGGAGGGAAGAGGGAGGGGGCUGUCUCGGAUGCUCCAGCGACAGUUGUUCCGGGGCAGUACGCGUGCGAUUGGCGUGCUGAUCCGACACCAGUGCAACAAGUGAAAGAUGAUGGACUGUUGGACGCUACGACUGCAAGUACGCUAAAUGGUGUGUAUUGGGAAGCGAGCUCAAGCAAUGUCCACGAUGCGAGGCUUCGUGCUGAUUCGGUGGGGAAAGCAGAAAAAGAACUAGGUGUCAUAUGGCCUGUGCAUAUCACCGGAAGGCCAGAUUCAGAUUUCAAGCGAAGGUUAUUCCAGGUCCUUAUGAAACCAGUUGUUCGGAAAGAGUAUUAUAAACUGUUUGAAAUGGCUACUAUUCGUACUCCGUUAAUGAAGCAACGGCAGUUUCGCAAUGAAACGAAAUUCUACGCAACGGAGGAGAUGGGCAGUUCAUAUCUGGAUCAUUACCCAGAUCUUGCCGAACAAGUUAUGAACACUGGCCUUCGCCAUGGCCUAGCUCUGUUGCGAGGGUUUUUCUUCUGGUUGCAGAACAAUGCCCACGAAGAUCAGUUCAAGCCAUGGGUAGAUGAUUCUAAAGAUCACGAGGUUAUUCGUUUGGUGGACUGAGCUUAUACCUACUAGCUGGCUAUAUCCUUAGUUUGCUCGAUUUCUCUUUACGGCGAUAAUAACUCUGCAAGGGUGACAAAUCGUCCUCAGCAGAGAAUGCGCAUGUAUAUUCGAGAUCUAAUGUUCAUGAGUCUUUUUCUCUUGGGAUAAUAAAUGCAUAUAUCUUUCAGCUAUUGGAUGAAUAAACGAUUCCCUACUGAAAUUUCAUACAUCUGAUCUUACUUC